AGCAGUUGGGCAAGCGUCGCUGCUCAAACAUGUGGAAGUUGGUGAGCUACUACACCCUGUGCGUCUUUGUGUGCUCCCAUCUCCGUUUGACGAGCGUUUGGGCGGACGAUGAGGUCAAGAUCGAAGUGGUGUACCAGCCCGAGACGUGCGAAAAGAGGAGCAAGAAGGGAGACCUGAUGAACGUCCACUACGACGGCUUCCUCGCCAAAGAUGGGUCGCAGUUCUACUGCAGCCGACACGACAAAGCCGGCCACCCGCAGUGGUUCAUCCUGGGUGUGGGACAAGUCAUCAAGGGCCUCGACAUUGGGAUGGUCAACAUGUGCGCGGGAGAGAAGAGGAAAAUAACCGUUCCAUCGGCCUUGGCCUUUGGAGAGAAAGGCAAAGGUCCUGUCCCACCCAAUGCGACAGUGGUAUUUGAGGUGGAACUCUUCUCCGUGUCCAGGGGUCCACGCAGCAUGGAAGCUUUUGGACAAAUAGAUGCCGAUAAAGACCGAAGUCUCACAAAGACCGAGAUCAAAGAGUACUUGAAGCUGGAGUUUGAAAAAGACGGCAAGCCACGAGACGACUCCUUCUACGAGAAGAUUAUCACAGACAUCUUCCGCAAGACCGACGGCGACAAAGACGGUAUCAUCAGUGCCAAUGAGUACAACAUUUAUCAACAUGAUGAGCUCUAGUCCUUUCUACUUGUAGUAUAUUGAAGGAGUUAUCAUUUCUUCUCUGGCCCGUCACCCCCCCCCCCCCCCCCCCCCAUUUUUUUUCAUCUACAAUGUGUUUUGGGGUCUGAAGGCACCGAAGUUUUAAAACUUUUUUUUUUUAAUCUGUAUCAACACAGAGGGUGCUUCAUUUUGUACAACUGAAAAUAAUCUUUAAUACCACGCGAUCGAGGUGCUUUUAUCAAGUUAUCUAUUGUGUUACAUUUUGUUUCUAAGGAACAGCAAUAAUAAAUGGACCCGGGAGUGUUUAUCUAAAAGGGUCAGAAAACGGAAAUAAAAAUCCUUCAAAACACUGUUUUAAAUUUUUUUUUAGGAACAACAAGCAGCUCCCUGGGUCAUUGGAACAAAUGACCCGGGUUAUGCCUACUUAUGCAAAACUGUUAGGCACAGAAUAGACCCCCCUAAAACACCGUUUUGUUUGGUUUACAGGAAGGGCAAACAUUUGACCCAGGGUGUGUCUAUCCAAGUGUCAUAAACAAUAACACCCCCCCCCCCCCCCCCCAAUAUUGUUACUUUUGUGUCUCAGGAACAGCAAUUAUGUCGCAGGGUAAAUCUGAACCAGUUGUGUUUAAUUGUCCAAAAGUGUCAGAAAUGGGGGAAACAAAAUCCCAAUAAACAUGUUUUUAUCUUGUAUCAUGUUUUUGCAUUAUUGUUAGCAGUGGCGUUAACAAUGAACUCCACUACUAACCAUUGUAUUACAAUUACUAUAUGUGAAAUGGACCAUUUACUAUGUGAGAGUUGAGUCACUGAUGGUGUAGUGGUACAGUGGUGGUGUAGUGGUACUCGCCUGACUUUGGUGCAUGGGUUCAGUUCCCACUCAGUGACUGUGU